AUGGCGAGCUCAGUGGAUCUUUUGCAAUUGUCUGACGACUUUCCUAUCGAUCCCAUUAACCCUAUAUCAUUUUCGUCCCCAACAGAUGAAUUAUCACCCAGUCUUGAAAUCCCAAAGAUUUAUGUUGUUGUACCAGUAGCAACCAUUGGUUGUGGCAAGACAACAAUAGGCAAGGCGCUCAAUAGACUUUAUGGAUGGCCAAUUAUUCAGAACGAUGAUAUACCAUUGGAUGCAAGCGACCGAAAAGGUCUCUAUAUUCAAACCAUUUUGCGAAGUUUGAAAAGCCAGUAUGAAUGCUCUACUAGGGAUGGUACGUCACCGCUGGUAGUGUAUGCGGAAAGAAAUAAUCAUUUACCUCGAGAACGUGACCAACUCAUCUUCGAUAUCAACUCUCAAUUGGCAAGGUAUUCAGCGAGUGUCAAAUAUAUAUGUCUGCUAUUUGACCACUCGGAUGUUAAUAGAUUGAAUGCUAUUACCGCACCUCGUGUUCUUGGAAGAGGCGAUAAUCAUAAGACCGUUCAAAAAAGCGUCAUGGGAGAAUCUGCUAUACUGGACAUGAUGCAGGGAUUUCAGGCUCGUUUUGAAUCCCGUGGAUUGGACGGCCAAUUUGAUUCCAUUAUAAACCUGUUUGUACGUCAUCCAAACUCAUCACGUACUAAUUUGGAUAUUGUCACUAGGGAGCUUAGUGUGAAGUAUCCUGAUCUGGUUCCAAAUCGCCCUACGGACUUAGAGCUCGAUAGUGCAUUUGAGGGUACAAUUCUUGAGUUUGAGAAGGCUAAACAGGUAUUGGAGCAGGGUUAUGAUAACAUAUCUAACCCAGCUGUUUCCAUUUAA